GCGGGCCGGAAGCGGGCUGCCUGCGCCCCGGCGCCGGUCCCCACGCGGUCCCGGCUGGAGGCCCGGGAUGAGUAGGCUCUGGCCGUGGGGCGGGGAGCGGAGUAAGAAUCCUCCACUGUCAUGGAACCAGUCGUUCAUUCCACAGACCCUUGCUGAGCACAUGCUGUGUGUCAGGCCCUCCCCCAGGCUCUGGGGUUACAGCACGAAUAACCAGACUGCAGGUCUUAUCUCAUGGGGGAAGGUGGAGAAGAAGCAAGUGGUCCUUGCGGGGAGACGGACAGGGGUGGAUGGUACUUGGGCCUGGGCUCCUUCCACUCACCACUCACUGUCUCCAGCGCCUGCUCUGCCCCUGACGGGGACCCUGGAAUGGCGGGGCCACUUGUGAUGCCCACACUCCAGGAGGCCAUUGUGUUUGAGGACGUGGCCGUGUACUUCACAAGGAUAGAAUGGAGUUGCCUGGCCCCCGACCAGCGGGCGCUGUACAGGGAUGUGAUGCUGGAGAACUACGGGCACAUGGCCUCGCUGGGCUUUCUUGUUGCUAAACCAGCACUGAUCUCUCUCCUGGAGCAAGGGGAGGAGCCAGGGGCUUUGAUUCUGCAGGGGACUGAGGAGCCAGGGUCCACAGCCAGCCUAUGCCCAGAUUCUAGGAUGCAGGCUGCGAUCAAGGAAUCUUGUCUGAGGAGAGUGUCCUCUAAGCAGUUAGGACCACUGGGCACAGUUUGGGGGCACCUCCCUGGGGGAAGACCCAAGUUUCCUGAACGGAAUGGCAGUCCUGAGGAUGGGUCAGAUAAACGACCCCUCAACCCCAAGAGAGGCAGCCCAGGUGGGGACCUUAGCACGUCCCCCGCGGCCCUGGAGGAGAAACAGCGAGGCUGGAGCCCUGCGGAUGCUGUAGGGGAGAGGGCGUACCGGUGUGCCUGCGGCAAGGCCUUCAAGUACAACUCACUGCUGCUCAGGCACCAGGUCAUCCACACGGGGGCCAAGCCCUACCAGUGCACCGAGUGCGGCAAGGCCUUCAAGCAGAGCUCAAUCCUCCUGAGACACCAGCUGAUCCACACGGAGGAGAAGCCCUACCAGUGCAGCGAGUGUGGGAAGGCCUUCCGGCAGAGCACUCAGCUGACAGCGCACCACAGAGUCCACACUCGGGAGAAGCCCUAUGAGUGCGGCGAGUGCGGAAAGGCCUUCGGCCGCAGCUCCCGGCUCUGGCAGCACCAGAAGUUUCACACGGGGGAGAAGCCGUACGAGUGCGGCGAGUGCGGGAAGGCCUUCUGCCGCAGGUUCACCCUCAAUGAGCACUGCCGCAUCCACAGCGGGGAGAGGCCUUACACGUGUCUGCAGUGCGGGCAGCGCUUCAUCCGUGGGUCCUCACUGCUCAAGCACCACAGACUGCAUGCCCGGGAGAGCCCCCAAGAAGUCAGCGGCUGUCAGAAGCCCCUGCUCAGCGCGGCACAGAAGACUGCCUCGGGGGACAGGCUCUACCAGUGCUCUGUGUGCCAGAAGCCCUUCAAACACAACUCCUUGCUCCUCCUGCACCAGAGGCUGCAUACGGGUGAGAAGCCGUUCGAGUGCAGGGAAUGUGGCAAAGCCUUCAGCCGAAAGUCCAACCUCACGCUGCACCAGAAGACCCACACCAAGGAGAAGCCCUUUGCCUGCACAGAGUGUGGCAAGGCUUUCCGCAGGAGCUACACCCUGAACGAGCACUACCGGCUCCACAGCGGAGACAGGCCGUACAGGUGCCAGGCCUGCGGGAGGGCCUGCAGCCGGCUGUCCGCCCUCAUCCAGCACCAGAAAGUCCAUGGCCCAGAGUGUGCCCAGGACGGCGGGAAAGACAGACGGUUUCCCCACUGGGCUCCCCGUUGAGUUGAUAAAGAGAACCCGGGGUGUCUGUGUGGCUCUGUUGGUUGAGUGUCUGACUUGAUUGUGGCUCAAGUCAUGAUCUCAGUGUCGUGAGAUCGAGUCCUGCGUCAGGCUCGGCACUGGGCGUGGAAUCUGCAGGAGAUUCUCUCCUUCUCUAAACAACAACGAUAAAAAGGCAGAGAACCUACCUGGGGGAGGCGCCAAGGCAGAAAGCUGUCAAUCCUCCCCGUUUGGCUGUGCAACAGGGCAUUUCUCUUGGAUGGAGAAGGGACAGGGCUGGGGCUGUGGUCAAGCAGCCUGCAGGCUGAGGGAAGGACAGUGAGGAAGGCUGAGCCAGAGUGGGGACUCCCCGUGACUGUCAAGCCUGGAUGUCCGCCAACAGAGCAGCAUUUCUAAACUAUCCCGGUCUGUGCCUGGAUGUAUACACGGGCUUCAAUAAAUCACAUGGGGGUUGUGGGUGGGUUUUGUUUUCUUCUUCCACUCACCUGUUUUCCAAAUACUGAGUUUUGAUCAGAAAAAAGAAAAGGGAAAGAUAUGUUGGCGUUUUCUUGGUUGUUCUUUUGUUAUCAGGACUGAUGAAGAUCAGACCCUGUUUGCAGGGGCCCCGGCCACCUAGUGGGAAGGAGAGGGGCCGGCACUAGAAUCCACACAGCGUCUGGCCUGGGGAUGUUUGGGAUUCCCAGGUGGACCAAGGGUUUGUCAGCAAGCCAGGGCAAGGCUGGAGGGUAGUGGUGGCUAAAACCGGGACUUGGGAGCAGGGUCUGCAGGCUCCUGGGCAGGGUCUCGGGAGCCCCAGCCAAGCCGAGUGUGAUCUGCCUUCACCAGGCCUGUCAGCAGAAGGUGCUCACUGGGGAGGAGCCUCCUGGGGGGCUCUUAGUGACCCCUCUUCUUCAUCAGCCCCCAACCCCAGGAACCCUGAGAAUGCUGGCAGGCAUCUGCUGCAUCUUAGAAAAGGUGUGCCAGAAAGGAAGCCACCAGUCCCAAGCAGAGCUGAAAGACCUGAACAGGGGAUGUGUAUUUUCUGAUCAACAUUUUUUCCCUCAGUAUAAAUUUUUUGUAGGGCAUUUGGGAAAUGCAAAAACUUAUAAACAAAGAAAUGUAGAUGGGGCACCUGGGUGGCUCAGUCAGUUAAAGCCUCUGCCUUCGGCUCAGGUCAUGAGUCCCGCGUCGGGCUAAGUCGG